AUGAAGAUGGAGGCGGCCGGUUUGCUCUUCGUACUGCUGAUUUUGGCGCAAAGUUCAGCCGGAAGCGACGACAAACUGAACGUUUUGCUGAUUCUGGCUGACGAUGGAGGUUUCGAAAUGGGUACAUACAGGAAUAGAAUCUGUCAAACACCAAAUCUGGAUGCUUUAGCCCAUAAAAGUCUAAUUUUCAACAACGCCUACACGUCUGUCAGUAGUUGCUCCCCCAGCCGCUCCGCUCUGUUAACCGGGAUGCCGUCACACCAGAACGGGAUAUACGGUCUGCACCAGGGUGUUCACCACUUUAACUCGUUCUCGGACGUCAAAUCCCUCCCCAAUAUCCUACGGGAGCACGGAAUCGCCACCGGGAUAAUCGGGAAAAAGGACGUCGGUCCGAAAGACACCUACAAGUUCGACUACGAGCAAACUGAAGAAAACCACUCGGUUCUACAAGUGGGGCGCAACAUCACUUUCAUGAAACUACUAACCCGCCAGUUUUUGCAAAACUACACCCAACAAAAGCCGUUUUUCUUGUAUGUAGCGUUCCACGACCCUCACCGCUGUGGCCACACUAAUCCAGAGUACGGUAAUUUUUGUGAAAGUUUCGGGAAUGGUGAUGAAGGGAUGGGUCUAAUUCCCGAUUGGCAACCCAUUUAUUACCAGUACGACGAAAUCGACUUGCCGUACUUCAUCCCGGAUACCAUCCAGGCGAGGAAAGACGUAGCGGAACAAUACACGACAAUAUCGCGACUGGACCAAGGGGUUGGCUUAAUCCUGAAGGAACUCAAGGAUGCAGGGUUCGACAACAACACUCUAGUUAUAUAUAGUUCGGAUAACGGGAUUCCCUUUCCGAACGGACGCACGAACUUGUACGACUCGGGAAUCGCUGAGCCGAUGUUCAUUUCGUCUCCGUUGCAUAGAGAGAGAUGGAAUCAGGUUACGUAUUCGUUGACCAGUCUACUCGAUGUAGUGCCGACGAUUCUUGAUUGGUUCGGGAUUGACGACAGCAAUGACGUCGCACCAAUCGAAUUAACAGGAAAGAGUCUGUUACCACUUUUAACUAAAGAACCCAAGAAUGUGACCAAUGAGAGGGUGUUUGCGAGUCACUCGUUACACGAAGUGACCAUGUACUAUCCCAUGCGCAUGGUCAGAACCCAUCGCUACAAACUAAUACACAAUUUGAACUACCAAAGCGCGUUUCCGAUUGACCAAGAUUUCUACAUUUCACCCACGUUUCAGGACAUUUUAAACCGCACAAUCAACAAAGAAAAUACUUAUUGGUUCAAAACCUUGAAACAAUAUUAUAACAGACCUGAGUGGGAACUGUACGACUUGAAACAUGACCCUGAAGAACUAAACAACUUAGCUGGGAAGCCUGAUUACAAAAAAAUAAUGCAAGACCUCGAGACACAGUUGUAUGAUUGGCAAAACAAAACUCGCGAUCCUUGGAUUUGCUCCCCGCACGCCGUUCUCGAAGACAAAGGCGCCUAUAAAAAUAACCCCCAAUGUAUGACCCUGGACAAUAUGUAAAUCCCUAACACAAAAAUAUAUUUAUUGUCACAUUUUCUAAACAAUUUAUAAAACAUCUAUAUAAA